CGGCGUCUCGCCUCACUCCCCCAUCUCUAAAACGUAAAACCCCACUACGCCAAGGAGGGGAGGGGGAGGAGCGCGCUAUCGAUAGAUGUCUGGCUCCGGCGAUCGCCGCGGCGGCGGGCCUCCUUGCUCCGAUGGCGGCUGGGAAACCAUUGGUAAGAAGUCAAAGAAACCAGGGCAAGCAGCUGGGAGACAGUGGGCACCAUGGGGUUCCACAAAUGCUGCACCUAACACAGCAAGGUCAGCAAUGGGUGGCAAUGGUUCCUCACAACCUUUUGGAACCAGUCAGGCUAAAUCUUCACAUUAUGGUGCUGCUAACAGAGGCAACCCUAGGCCACCACCACAAACAAGGGCUAUGGAAAGAGAACUGCAAGCGCCACGCCCUAUUGUGACUCCACCUCUGGCAAAUGGUUGGCAGUGGCAGUCCAGGUCUCGCCCAUCUUGUUCUGAAGGUGAGAGGGAUGAUGUUCCUCCAUCUGGUUGUGACCCUGAGGUGGAGGAUGUCGAUGGUAAUUAUGCAUCAGAUGAUGAUGAUGAUUUGAGUGAUGAUAUCAGUGAUGAUGAUUCUGAUGCAAGUGAGAAAAGCUUUGAGACUCGAAAAAUGAACAAGUGGUUCAAAAGUUUCUUUGAAGUCUUGGAUGCAUUGAGUGUGGAUCAGAUAAAUGAACAGACUAGGCAAUGGCAUUGUCCAGCAUGCAAGAAUGGACCUGGGGCAAUUGACUGGUACAAAGGGCUGCAACCUUUGAUGACUCAUGCUAGAACAAAGGGUUCUACAAGGGUUAAGCUUCACCGAGAAUUGGCUGCAUUGCUGGAAGAGGAGCUAUCUCGCAGGGGUACUUCGGUGGUACCAGCUGGUGAACAGUUCGGGAAAUGGAAAGGACUGCGAGAAAGCACUGAUCGUGAGAUUGUGUGGCCACCAAUGGUUAUUGUCAUGAACACCUUAUUGGAAAAAGACGACGAUGAUAAGUGGAAGGGCAUGGGGAACCAAGAGCUCCUCGAUUAUUUUGGUGAAUAUGCUGCGACUAAAGCACGUCAUGCCUAUGGUCCUGCUGGGCACCGUGGGAUGAGUGUGUUAAUAUUUGAAAGCUCGGCUGUUGGCUAUAUGGAGGCGGAACGUCUGCAUAGGCACUUUAUUACGCAAGGUACAGACAGAAAUACAUGGCAGCUCCGCCGGGUUCCAUUUGUUCCUGGCGGGAAAAGACAGCUAUAUGGUUUCUUAGCAAACAGAGAGGAUAUGGAGACGUUCAAUAAACAUUGCCAAGGGAAAAGCCGUCUGAAGUACGAGAUGAGGUCUUACAAUGAGAUGGUGGUGAUACCAAUGAAACAGAUGAGUGAGGACAACCAGCAACUGAAUUAUCUGAAGAACAAGGUGGUUAAGACAGAGCAACGCUCUAAAGCAGUCGAAGAUACCUUGGGUGUUGUUACCCAGAGGCUUCGUGAGACUAUGGAAGAGAAUCAAUUUGUCAGAGAUAAAGCCAAAGAGAAGCACUUGGAGUAUGAGCAAGAGAUGAAAUACCAGGAGGAAUUUUUCCAUAAUCAAAUCGAGAGUCUUCACAAGAUCACAGAGGCCAAAGAAAAGGAGUUUGAAAAGUUGCUGCAGGAGGAGCGCUCAAAGGCUAGGCGCUUUGAUGUGGAUUCUGGAACUACCGAAGAUCGCAGGCUAAGGAAGGAACAUGUGCAGAAGUUCAUCGACGGCCAGGUUAAGGACGUGGCAGAGUUUGAGGCCGAACGGGAUGAGGUGAUCAAAGCCCACGAGGAGAAGAAGAUUAAGCUCAAGAAAGAGUACAUGGAGAAGGAGCUGGAGCUGGAGAAGGAGCUCGAUGCUGCCCUGACAGGCCUGAUGGAGAAGCACAAGCCGGACACCUUCCAGGCCUCUAGCUCGUGAAGAGCAAGCUCCCUUGGCUUACCUUGAGUCCCCUUCUCGGAGCAAUCUCUUAGAUGCUGAUGCUCCGGAAGGCAUAAACGAAUGCCUUAGACGUUCGGGAGAUGAUGCUAAAACUUGGUCCGCGUGCGUGAUCUGGAGACUUGAACCUGCGCAGCGUUAUAUGGCCCCCGUAGUAUAUCUCUAUCGUAGUGUAUGCAUCGAGCUUAUGAAAGACUGGGCAAGCUUGAGAAACUUCUACAUGGAAUAUGGUAUCUAGUUUAUCCUCUAU